AUGGCGAGAGAGAAGAUAAGGAUAAAGAAGAUAGACAACAUAACAGCGAGACAAGUUACUUUCUCUAAGAGAAGAAGAGGAAUCUUCAAGAAAGCUGAUGAACUUUCAGUUCUUUGCGAUGCCGAUGUUGCUCUAAUCAUUUUCUCUUCCACGGGAAAGCUCUUCGAGUUUUCUAGCUCAAGAAUGAGAGACAUAUUGGGAAGGUAUAGUCUUCAUGCAAGUAACAUCAACAAAAUGAUGGAUCCGCCUUCUCUUAAUCUUCAGCUUGAGAACUGUAACCUCUCCAGACUAAGUAAGGAAGUCGACGACAAAACAAAGCAGUUACGGAAACUGAGAGGAGAGGAUCUUGAAGGAUUGAACUUAGAAGAGUUGCGGCGGCUGGAGAAAUUGCUUGAAACCGGACUUACCCGUGUGUCUGAAAAAAAGGGCGAGUGUGUGAUGAGCCAUAUUUCUUCUCUUGAGAAACGGGGAUCGGAGUUGGUGGACGAGAAUAGGAGACUGAGGGAGAAACUAGUGACGUUGGAAAGGGGUAGAAUGAUGGCGUUUAGGGAGGCUGUGGAGACAGAAUCGGCGACCACAAACGUGUCAAGCUACGACAGUACUGGAGUUACCCUUGAGGAGGACUUAUCCGACACUUCCCUGAAGCUUGGGCUUCCAUCUUCGGAAUGA